AUGCCCCAGAGAACAGUUCUGAAGGCCAAAGAUCUCAAAGCCAUAGCUAAAGAGACGGCCACAAGUCUCCGAGCAGAGCUGGGACCCAUCUCCUCACCCCUUCUCCAGAGUGACUAUUUUUCAAUGCAGCGUGAAAGUUUUUCGGCGCGGGGUCCCGGCCGGGCUAGGCGGGGCUUGUGUGUGUUCGGCGGGGGGGACAUCGUGCGCCCUUCCCUUCCCCCUCGGACUGCAGCCCCUGUGCGCGCAGUCCUGUUGUUGCCUCCGAGCGCCAUGGUUUCACGAGGAGACGAGCGCAUGGCUGAUAUCCCACAGAUUCGCAGAGGAGUGCGUUUUACUGAAUCAGAGAACAGAAGACUUGUGGAAGAAGUGAGGACGCGCAAGAUCGUCAUUUACGGUAAAGGCGAAAGAGCCCCGCAGCCGAUAGAGGUGAGGCUGGCGUGGGAGGAGGUCGCCGAGGUCAUCUCUACGGUGUCUGGGAUUGAACGGAGCUCUGAUCAGUGUAGAAAGAGAUUUAAUGACAUGAAGAGACGAGGAAUUGUGGUCACACAGCCGUGCGUAGAAACAACUUUACAUGUGAAUCUGCAGGAGGACGAGCCUCCCCCCACCAAGAAGAAGAGAGGACGUCCGCCCAAGAAGAGGCUCGGAGAGUCAGACGUGGAAUCCAGGAACCAUCUGGAGCCGGUGGAUCUGGAAUUUGAAGUUGACGCUCCCAUGGAUGACGACCCAGACUAUGAGCCUUCUCCUGUGAAACCUGAAAUGAUGCCCUCUCCCAAAGUGCUCAAAAAACCAGCCACCUCGUCCCUCAGCUCAGCCAGCGCACGGCCCAAAGAAGCCAGCUUCAUGGGGUUCAAGCAGGAGGACAAGCAGGGUGAAAAGCACCCCUUCCUGGAGCUUCAGAAGGGGGGCUUUGAGAUGCUGCAGAGGGAGCUGCAUGGCUUCCAGACGUGCAUCAAGACCCUGGAGAGACGAAUGAGCCAGGUGGAGGUGCUGCUGCAGCCCAUAGGAGACAUAGCCGACAGCCUGUCCCGCAUCGCAGAGUCAGUGGAGCGCCUCACGUGCCCCCCCUCUCCUUAA